AGUCAGAUGGGAUGAACUCCAGCUUAGUGCAUCUUUUGGAUUCAGAUGGAAUGAAAAGCUAGUAAGAGGGUAUAAGGAUGGUGGAUAUUCAGUUUUUAUUUAAGCUUUAAUUGGGCAGGAGGGACAGAAUGAAUAAGAAAAGAUACUUCCUUGACCCUCCAGCGGUCAAAGACUAUCUGAUGAAAGGAGAACGGUUUACCAAGUGGUCAGAGGACACAACAAAGACUGUUCCCGUCACCAUGAAGAUGGAUCAGAAAGGUUUUUAUGUCUACUGGACAAACCAAAGCAAGGAAACAACGUUCCUGGACGUUGCCACAAUCAGGGACACAAGGACAGGAAAAUAUGCAAAACUUCCCAAACAUCCAAAAGUCCGGAAUGUCUUCAACCUGGACUUCCCCGACAGCAACCACCUUGCCAAAACACUGACCAUCGUCUCAGGCCCAGACAUGGUGAAUCUGACCUAUCACAACUUCUUUGCCUCAAAAGAAAAAGUGACUCAGAACUGGGCAGAUGACAUUCUUGCAAUAGCAUACAAUGCUGCAAGAGCUAAUGCAUGCAGACAAGUUUUCCUGGAGAAAAUAUACAUCCGCAUUUCUCUUCAGACCAACAAGGACGGCAAAAUCCCAGUGAAGAACAUCUACAAAAUGUUCCCUGCUGAUAAGAAGAGGGUUGAAAGUGCUUUAGCUUCAGCUCACCUCCCCAAAGGAAAGUAUGACACCAUCAAGCCUGAUGUAUUCACUGAAGCUGCCUUCAAGACCUUCCUGACAAAUCUCUGUCCUAGACCAGAAAUCUUUGAGAUCUUCACUUCAUACUCCACCAAACCUACCAUGACGAAGGAAAAUUUCACCAAGUUCCUGAAUGAAAAGCAGCGGGACUCUCGGUACAAUGAGGAACUGUUUCCACGCCUGCGGCAAGACCAGAUCAAAGCCUUGAUUGACAAGUAUGAACCCAUCACCACCAACUCCAACAGAGGUCUGAUCUCUCCAGAAGGUUUUCUGUUCUUCCUGAUGGGUCCAGAGACGUCAGUAGUCAUGCAGGACAAGCUGGCCAAGUGUCAGGACAUGACCCAACCGAUACCCCACUACUUCAUCAAGUCCUCUCACAACACAUACCUAACAGCUGGUCAGUUCUCUGGCGUAUCGUCUCCAGAGAUGUACCGUCAGUGCCUGCUGUCUGGAUGCAGAUGUCUGGAGCUGGACUGCUGGAAAGGAAAGCCUCCUGAUGAAGAGCCCAUCAUCACCCAUGGCUUCACCAUGUGCACCGAGAUCCUUUUUAAGGAUGUGAUAGAAGCCAUUGCUGAGAGUGCAUUCAAGACCUCAAAAUAUCCUGUCGUUCUCUCAUUUGAGAACCACGUUGACUCGGUGAAACAGCAGGAGAAAAUGGCGAACUACUGCAAAACCCUGUUUGGUGAUGCUCUGCUGUCAGAGUCUCUGGAAAAAUACCCUCUGAAGCCAGGCCAGCAGAUCCCAAGCCCAUCUGAACUCAUGGGCAAGAUCCUCAUCAAGAACAAAAAGGGGAGCCAUGAGAAACCAGCCCAGGCUAAGAAAACCAGCGCAGCCGCCACAGACCAGACUGCUGCUGCCGUCACCGAACAGACGGCUGCAGCCGAACCCACCCAGGAUCCAAACGCCUCCUCCCAGGAUGCAAGCAACCCAGCAGCUCCCACCCUGGAAAAUCAAGCUGAGGGAGAGGCUGCUACAGAAGACAACGAGGAGCAAGAAGAUACUGAAGAACAGGAUGAGGAGAAAAUGAAGACAUCAGAUGAGGGCACGGCUGGACAGGAAGUGACUGCCUAUGAGGCGAUGUCAUCCAUAGUCAACUACAUCCAACCCAACAAGUUCAUCUCUUUUGAAAAUGCCAAAAAGAAAAACAAGAGCUAUGUCAUAUCAUCUUUUGUGGAAACCAAAGGCGAGGCAAUGAUUUCCAAGACUGCUGUUGAAUUUGUCGAAUACAACAAGAGACAGAUGAGCAGAAUUUACCCCAAAGGAACAAGAAUGGAUUCUUCCAACUACAGCCCUCAGCCUUUUUGGAACGUAGGCUGUCAAAUGGUGGCCCUCAACUAUCAAACAAUGGAUUUCCCCAUGCAGCUGAACAUGGCCUUGUUUGAAUUCAAUGGCAGAACGGGUUACCUCCUCAAACACGACGUGAUGCGCCGCAGUGACAAAAAGUUUGACCCUUUCUGUGACAGGAUUGACACAGUCGUGGCAAGCACAUUAACCAUAAAGAUCUAUUCAGGACAGUUUCUUUCUGAAAAGAGUGUGAAAACCGGGGUUGAAGUGGAAGUGAUUGGGUUGCCAGGUGACCCCAAGAAGAAAUACCGCACCAAGUGGUCCACCACGCCCAACGCCAUUAACCCGGUGUGGAAUGAGGAGCCUUUUGUUUUUGAGAAGAUCUUGCUUCCAGAAAUGGCUUCUUUAAGAAUUGUUGUUCAUGAAGAGAAUGGGAAAUUUGUGGGACACAGAAUAAUCCCCAUCGAUGCCAUCCAGUCAGGCUUCCAUCACAUCUGCCUGCGCAGUGAGAGCAACAUGCCUCUCACUCUGCCUGCUCUCUUUGUGUACAUAGAGGUCAAGGACUAUAUCCCCGCUGCCUUUGCAGAUUUCACAGAAGACUUAUUUAACCCAACAAAGGGUGCAGACAAGACCUCAAAGACCCCUAAAACGUCAUCAUCCGACUACAUCUCUCCCUAUGAGUUGCCUCUUGCGGAUCAACCCCCUGCAGGAAAGGCAAAGGAAAAUGAGGCCCCUGCUGAAGAAAAGGCUGCAUCCGAACCUAAACCAACCACCGAUGAAAGUACCAGUCAGUCCCAGUCUCCUUCUGAAACCGGUGCAGAAGAAACUAAAGAACAGACUGAGCAGCCUCAAACCCCUGAUGCAGCUCCUGCUAAAGAUGAUGACCCAGAUGCAGGAAAUCUUGAAUCUCAAUCUCCUCCUGAAGUUCUUGCAGCCACUGAGGUGGUUGAAGCUGAGAAAGAAGUGGACCCAAAGUCAGUGGCAACUCCUGAAGCCAAAGAGGAACAAGGCACCGAUCCUGAUGCAAACCCUAAGAAUGACGAUAAAGAAGAUUCGGAGGCAGCUGCACCCGCUUCUGGAGAAGACGCUCCUGCAGAGGACGCAUCUGUGUCCCUGUCCAGCUUGCCGUCAGAAUCGGCAGGAUCAAGUGACUCAUCUCAGUCGCCCGCUAGUAGUGAAGAGCCUUGCACCGUGACUGUCGAGCAGCUCACACAACACAAGAACUAUCUGAAGGUCAUCAAGCGUCAGGAAAAGGAGAUGAAAGACGCCGAAAAGAAAUAUCAGAAAAAAGCAGAAGAUCUGAUCCAGAAAUACUCCGACUCUUUCAAGGCUAUCAAGAAGAAGGGUUCACUGAAGAAGAAAGAGGGAGGAGACAACUCUUCUGACAACAGUGUGAAGAAAGAACGCGUUCAGGAGCAGAAGGACAAAAUGCAGUCCGAGCUACAAGCUCUGUGGACGGAACAGUGUGAUCAGACGAAGAAAAAGAAAGAGCAGUGUGCUACUGAGAGACUUGCUAAGCUUUUGGAGAUGGCCAUGGAGAGACACACCGUUGAGCUGAAGACCCUGGAGAGUGAAGCCAAAGAAAAGAAGAAAGCUCUGAAAUGUUCCUCCACAGAGAAGUCAAAGCUGAAAAGGGCCAUGAGCACGGAGAUGCUGGACGAGACCAGUCAGUCUGAUGCUGCUUCUGCAGACUUCAGCCCACAACAAGAGGCUUUGAUGAAGAAACAAGCUGCUACCCUGGAGGAAGUCAAGGGAAUGACUAAUCAGCUAAUCCAGGUGGCUCUGAAAGAGCAUGCUCAGAAAACGAGGUCCGUGUCUGCAGAGGUGAGGAAUGCUGUCAACGUCUGCGUCGGGGCACACUUCCCAGAAUACGUCGAUGAAGAUGGAGACAAAAAGCCUCCAUGUGAGAGCUUCUAUGGAAAUGUCUUUGUAGGCUAGAUGCACUUUGCGACCAUUCAUCUCUCUGCUUUUUGCCACUUAUGUUAUCGGCUUGUUAUGUAACCUAAAACUGGAACAUUGCUAUAAAGUAGACGAGGAUUGUUAGCCAAGCUCAGAGUGAAUUUAAGAUAUUAGAUGUGAUAUUUGUAGCAGGAGUAUCUUUUAGGAAGUUAAGAGGCAGUAAUGUCCUCUUGUCUGUAUUUUAUGCCAGGGGUAGAUGGUUUUGAAUUUCUUUCUUUCUUUUAACUUUAGAGAUUACAGUGAAAGAUAUGCUUCAAUAAAAAAAAAACAAAGGGCUGCAAUUUCAGUCUAUUUUCAACAAGGAAAUGUAGCAUUUAAAGUAGUUUAGAACUGUCUUCAGGUUGAGUGCCUUCCUUUGUCAUUGUUGAUUUUAAUGUGUGAUUUCACUUACUGCUGGAACAUUAUAGACAGUUUUAAAGGAGGAAUCUCCCAUAAAACCUUUACAUUUGCUUGUGCAAACACCAACACGUCGGAGGUUCACUUCACAUAUUUUAUAAUUGUGGUUCGCAGCAGAGUUUUUAAUUAUUUAUGCUAACUAGUUAGAAAAGAAAGUUUAUGAAAAAGUGUAAAAUGCUAUCAAAAAAGAAGGUCUUUAUCCAUUUUAAAUGAAAACAGUUCAAUAUUUAAGUUACCAGUUAGCAGUUUUUCUUUCAAUUUAUUUGUUUGAGGAUUUAAGUAUUUGGAGAACUUGUAGGUAAGAUGAAAUAUUUGGCACCUGACUAAAAAAAUAAUUUAUUGGCUAGAUCAUCUUCUAAUUGAUGUACAAUGUUGUAAAUCCUUUUAUUUUAUUGGCGCUAAGGCGGCAUGUGCAAAUGUGACAAAGUUAAGCAGAAAUGAAUUCAUCAUUUUAAAAGUAACUUUUGCACCAUGUGGCACAAAUAAGAUCAAUUUCUGUUUUUUGAACGUUUCCUGAUUUACUUUGCAAUGACUCUCGGUGAUUAUAUAGCUGCAAUAAAUUUUACUUUUCCUGCUCUCUGAAUUAAUAAACAUACAUUUUCACUCAG